ACUUUUUUCUCGUGGGACUCGGACACAAUAAAACAAAACACAUCCACUUUUGGUUCGAUACUUAUCGGUUGUGUCUUUAAUCUCUAUCGGUUGUGUCUUUAAUCUUUUGACCAUAUAAAAAGUAUCAUUGGUAUCAUCGGAAUGGAAUUUGGGGACGGCGUUUCCUUCGCCGUCGUCCCCACUGUCUUCAAGAGAGAAGACUACAAGCGCACUAAACACGACUCUGUUUUCUCCAAAUGGCAGGUUCUUAUAGGAUCCAAUGAUUGGGAGGACUUCAAUAACGGAAAAGAUGGUGUAGGUAGAUACAGAGUUCAGAACUUACCCCGUAAAUCUUUCCCGGGUCUGUAUGAGCUUGGUGUAGCGGUCAUCAGUCAAGACCAAGGUCGAAAGCUUGAACCUGAUGAUGUUCUUGCUGCAUAUCUAGGACAAGCUGAAAGUGUUAGGACUAGACUCCAGCGUUAUGGAAGAUCCGGUGCUCAUUUGCGCAAUGUUUACAACCUUGUCGACUGUGAAACCGUUGAAUCAUCUCCAGUUAAGAAGGCUGUUACCGGGGGUUUAUUUGAGGACAUUUUCUCCAAAGGUGGCUCGAUACUAUACAGAUGGGCUCCGAUGGGAUCUAAGAGGGUAGCUGAGGCAACAGAAGGGAUGCUUUUGAGCACAUUUGACUAUGCUUGGAACAAAGGAAGUAACGGGGAACGACGCCAGCUUGAUUUACUCAAGAAGCUCGGUGAUCGCGAGUUUAUGAGCAAGAGAAAGUCCGGUAUAUCACGAGUGUUUUUUCCUUUUCUUCGGAACCAAGUUGGUAUCAGAAUCAAAGGAGAGAAGCAUGUGCUUAAAGAAGAGAGAAAGCUAAGCUCUGAUGUUGAUGAAGAAGAGAAGAGUAGUAAUUUCCUCACUUCACUACUCAAACUCACCCGGUCUAGACCUCAACCGGUUUCAGACAGAUUUGAUGAGGUUGAUGGUUCUUCUACUGAUCCUGUCUGUAGAGUUGUACUUGAAAAUGGAAGUUUUUGCAGUAGAAGUCCAGUUAAAGGAAGAAAGAGAUGCGUAGAGCAUAAAGGGCAGAGAGUUUGCCGUGUUUCACCCGUAAAACAGUCACCGCCGCCAAAUCCUGAGAUGUUCACCCGGCAAGAUCAUCACAAUCAUAAUGAUUCAGAUGUUACCUGUGGAGUGAUCUUACCUGACAUGGAACCUUGUAAUAAGAGACCUGUUCCAGGAAGAAAACGAUGUGAGGACCACAAAGGCAUGAGGAUCAAUGCUUUUCUCUUUCUUCUUAACCAGACAGAUCGUGAGAAAACAGUCAAAGACGAGAGAUCUGAUCCUGAAUCGCAUAAAGAGUUAAGCGACGAAGAAGGUUCGCCUAGCUUCUGUGAAGCUACAACAAAGAAUGGUUUACCGUGCACAAGAAGUUCUUCUAAAGGAAGCAAAAGGUGUUGGCAACAUAAGGAGAAAAUUUCCCCGGUAUGUUUUCAACCAAAAGCCGCAAAAAUCGUAGCUUGUGGAGUUAAACAAUGCAAUGGAUUGAUCUGUGAGAGAUCUCCCGUCAAAGGACGUAAGAGAUGUGAAGAGCAUAAGGGAAUGAGAAUCACCUAAUUAACCUCUUUAUCACUUAUUUAACCGGAAUUGUUUGUACCAAACCGUUUUGGUUUCGGUAUUGGUCUGCUGAAAGAAUAAUCUGUACCGGAUGACUCAAAAUCUCAUUUUUGUUAAUUUAAAAUCAAUUUUGAUUUGUUCAGUGAACUUGAAAUGAAUAAAGGAUAAACUGUUACGGUUAUA